AUGGCGGCUCUUGUCGUGCCAGGGCUUGCGCACGCCGAAGUUGACAAUCCGCUCCCGCCACCCGUGGUCAAGGAUCUAGAGAGAGCCGCUCCCAAGAUCCAAGGAGGCAUCGACUGGUUCUACUUUGAGUUGCUCCCGGCAAUCAAAAAGGAGCCCAUGGAUGUUGCAAUGGAGCUUGACUCGGCCAAGCCCGCCCGGCCACUGCCUGACGCGGCAGAACUCCGGGCCGAGCUGCACGAGGCUGUGCUGCGUCUCAGCUUCGCAGAGCUCCACAGCAGCACCCAGUGGGCCUCCGAGCUGCUGGCAGCGCUGCCACCUGGAGGAGCGGACGAAGCUUCGCCGGCUUCGGCCCCGUCAAUCUCGCCGACGCUGCCGCGGAGUCUUUGCAGCCCAGUGCUCCUUGCCAAGGCCCACUUCGGCAUGCGUGAGUACUCUCGGGCUGCCCAUGUUCUGCAGGGAGGUCCUGCUCAGAGCCAGGACCUGCAUUCCGCACCGUGGCCAGUGUUCUUCAGGUCCUAUGCCCUCUACUUAGCGGGGGAAAAGCGGCGAGAGGAAGAUGCAGCAGAGGUGUCAGACCCAGCAGAGGCGAGCCGCAUCCACAACACCGAGCUGAAGACGCUGGAAGAAGAUCUUUCUGCACUGUACCGACAACAGAAGCUGGAUGGUCUGAGCCUUUAUGUGUACGGCAUCGUACUGAAAGGCUUGGAGCUGAAAGAGGAUGCCCGACGAGUUCUUCUGGAGUCUGUCCAUGCUUUUCCCUGCAAUUGGUCGGCGUGGUUGGACAUCAUCAGUAUCUCUGCGGACUUACAUGACGUCAACGGUCGCUGCGAGGAUGUGAGGCUGCCACCCCAUUGGAUGUCCUUGUUCUUCGAGGCGGCGCUGCAGCUGGAGCUUCAGAGGAACGACAGUGCAAAAGAGCUUUACGUUGCACUCCGAGCUUCUUUCCCUGAGUCUGCCUACAUCGCCUCGCAGAUAGCAACCUGCUUCUACAACCUUCGGAACUUCGAUGCCUCGCAGCUGGCUUUCGAAGAGCUCCGUCGGCGAGAUCCCUAUCGACUUUCGUCUCUGGAUACAUACUCGAACAUCCUCUUCGUGAAGGACAGCCGCUGUCAUGUCAACUUCCUCACAAGUAGUCUUCGUAAACAAAACUCCGGGGCUGCAUGGUGUUGUUGUUUGCAAUCUUUUUGCUGUUGCAGAAAUUUAAAGAGCCCUCAGAGACAUCCGUCAGACGGCCGAACACCGAACAUCACCCUCUAG